AAAAGAAAACAGCUACUAAUUAGGACACAGAUUACUGGAAGAACAGAUGUUUGCCUAGAGACACAUUGAAGCUUUGUCUGAUUCUUAUUCUCAGAACUCAAUCUCAGCCCUCAGAGAGAUACAGUUAGUCUUUACAUUUGGAAGAGACACACCGAAAAUGGCCAGGUCUCAUUGGCUGUUCAUCGCCGCUCUCUCUGCCAUACUGUGUGGUGGGGUCCACACAUUCAAGCCGUUCACAUUCGACCAAAGGCAAAUCUCUCACGGUGAUAUCACUGAGAUGGCCAUCCUGCGUAAGACGGCAGAGGUGUGCCGUGACCUGGCGCAGAAGGAGGGGAGACCCUUUAGCCUGACGAUUGACAGCAGAUUGUCGGCAUAUGCAGUUCAGGCAGCCUGUUCCCCAGACAGUGACCCCUCCCUGCUGUCAAGCAAUAAGUUUAAAGAUGCUAUCAUGAAGGUCUAUAAGAGCAACUGGGAGGUGGAUCAAAGUUUACAUUUCUUUGACCCUGAGUAUCACUUUGACAACGAAACAUUUGUAGAAGGUCGGAAUCUUAUCACCCAGGGCAGGACUAUCGUUAAAAAAAGUGUGACAGAGGAGAGCUUUUCAUCAGCAAGAGAAACACUGGGGAAAAUAUGUCACACCUUGCAGGUGAGCCACAAUGUUUCCUGUUUGUACUACUAUAGCUUAUCGAUAAAUAAGAACACGCCGACAUGCACGGACUGUAUAGGCGGCAACUGUGAGAACAACAUCCUCCCAGAGAUUCUGCGUGCAAAGAAGUUAACUUCUGGGUACUUUGAUGUGUUUAGCGGCAAGAAACCAACAGGAAAAUGCAGUCAUGGUGGGUUUUUUGACCAAACCAGCAAACAGAAGCCCGUAGGUGGGAUCAACAAAGAUGCUACAGACUCAGAGCAUGGCAAUCGACAUGUGGAUGCUGCCAACAUGGCAAUGACCGCCACCAUGGAGCUUCUGGAAGACAUCCGUGGAGCCGUUGGAGAUAUCAACUUCCUACGGUACGAAUGUUUGUUUGCUCCCCUUCUUCUCCCUCCACUCAACUGCUCACCCCUGUCCACCUCUGUCCAGCUGGCCCUUACAGGUGCUCCUCCCUUCUCAGAGAUUUUUGUCUUCACGGAUGCUUCCGCCAAAGAUAUCUACCUGAAAAACACAGUGCUGUCACUGAUAGAAAGCACAAAGUCAGUGGUAACCUUCAUGUUAACAAAAGUCUUUGCUGGCCGACGUCGAAGAAGCAGUGACAGUAACAAUCAAGGGCAACAGCAGCAAUUUUCUAGUCGAAUAUCGUCAUCUGCCAGCCAGGAAUACCAGGAGCUGGCACAGGCAUCGGGGGGGCUGGCUAUACAGACUAGCACGGCCAACUUGCCCCAGGCCACCAGCAUUAUUCUGGACUCCACCACCUCUGCUCUGGUGACCCUUUUCCAGGCUGUGAGGAACCCAGGGAAGGAUGAAGACUUCAUCUUCAUGGUGGAUCCAUCCAUCAGAAACCUGACAGCUUACAUCACAGGCAACAGCAUCACAUACAGUCUCCAGAAUCCUUUAGGUGAGCUAACAAGCCUGGAUAAUAUAUUUAUAAUGAUAUUUAAGCAAUUUAGCCACAUUAGCCUGUUUCUCU